AUGAAUGGACCAGUCUCCCUCCUCAAGCUACCCCCUGAGAUCCUCGGCGCUAUUUUGUCAGUAGUCCGUUCGUCAUUGGACACUCUUAAGGCUCUAUCUCAGUCCUGUCAUCACCUGCAUGCCAUUGCAACACCUUUCCUUUACAGUUCGGUUGUCAUUCGGAGUCCAGAAUCUAUGAGUUGUUUCCUUGAGACAGCUGCGAACUCCCAUUACUUAACUUCCCUCAUACGAGAACUACAGAUUCAUUAUCAUGAUCUCGAUGAGGAUACUGACAAUUCGCCGGAAGAUAUUGAGCCUGCGCUUCCAAAACUCGUGAAUCUGGAGUCAUUGAUCAUCAAAUCAAGCUGGUUUGACUGGGUCAAGCCUAGUAAGAUGCAGCUACUUUGCCACCCACAAGAAACACUCCCUGCUCUGCGAUCCGUUACCCUCAGCCUUGACUAUGGGUACGAGUGGUCUUUCCCACUCGGAUCAUAUGGGGUCUUACUUCAUCAUCCUGCACCGUUCCGAUCAACCCGCCUUCAAGAGCUCAGAUUGUUGAACUGUGAUAUCAAGGCCAGAGACAUCGAAGAAAUGCUUCGUUACCCCCAUCAACUCAAGCAUUUCACUAUCAAGGGCCAGGAAGAAAGAUCUGAACUUGGCUGCUUUGGGGAUAGCAAUCGACAGUUGUAUAUCGAUGCUCUCAGGUCCCAUUCUUCAUCUUUAGAAACUCUCGAUAUUGACCUUCAAUUCGAUGAAUGGAAAGAGCCAAUGGAUCUCAGUAACUUUUCAGCCCUCCAAUCUCUCACAAUUUCACCAAGAAUGUUGAUUGGAGACAAUGGAUGUUUUUGGCUCAAGCCAGCAUCAACUUUGGACUGGGCGAAACUUCUCCCAUCAAACUUACAGCAUCUCAAAUUCCGCAAUGAUUGUGGAGUGUUUCCCAUAUUACAGAUCUACGAGGCUCUCCGCGAGGGCUAUAUCCGUCUUCGCUCUUUGACUUGCCAAAUAGCUUCAAAUGUGUUAGAAGACGGCUCACCUUACUUCGAGGAGAGUGAUCUUGAUUCGGUUACUCCAGAAGGCAUCCGGGUCUUUCGUUCGCCAAAUGAUCUCAUGUCUGAGGUUUCUCCCGACGGAGUUUCAUACUCGCAGGGAUUUCAAGGACUUGGCGUUGGGUUCUUUGUGGUCGAAGUCUCUCGUACUGAGAAGCUACCAGGAUUGGUAACCUUCUCUGGAAUUCAAUGGCGUGGCGUGAAUGACGAAAUCGCCUAA